AUGGCCCCGCGGCGCCUCCUGUUGGUUGGGGAGGGGAAUUUCUCUUUUGCCGUCGCUCUGAGUGAGACCCUGGAUCCAAACACCAGUCUAACCGCCACCUGUCCCCAGCGCCCAGCGGACCUGGCCCAGGAUCUGGUGGUCCAAGAGAACCUACAGCGCCUGCGCGAGCGAGGUAACGAGGUACGCUUCGGUGUGGACUGCACCCACCUGGCAGAUGCCUUUGAACCGCAAGACAGAGAAUUUGAUCGAAUUUAUUUUAACUUUCCGCACUGUGGGCGCAAAGCUGGCGUAGCUAAGAACAGGGAACUGCUUGCCAAGUUUUUCCGGAGCUGUGCAGAUGUUCUUGCAGAGGACGGAGAAAUCCAUGUGGCAUUAUGUAGAGGACAAGGUGGGACUCCUGCUGAUAAGCCAAUGAGAGAAUGGCACAACAGUUGGCAAGUGGUUGCUAUGGCUGCUCUGGGGGGUUUCAUUUUAAGUGAUGUGCAUCCCUUCAGCUGUGAGGCUGUGCCAGGGUACAAGUGCACUGGAUAUAGGAGUCAAGAUAAGUCCUUUCAUAUAGAAGGGGCCUUGAACCAUAUCUUCACCCGGAGCUUACCCUUUGAAAGUUUGCAACCAAGAAUCUGUAGGAUCAAACUGGGUGACCAGUUUUUUUCUUUUCUGGAACCAGAAGUACUUGUAGGAAAACUGAACAGGGGCUUCCUAGAAGCACCUUCAUGUCAUCCUAUCAAGACCAUAAAUGAGAAACUCCUUGCUGAAUUGGGGAAAGCUUUUCCUCUAAAAAGGCUGAAGUGUUCGUCCCCUUUGCUGCCACAAGGAGACGCCAGUGUUCUCACAUCCCACAACCCUGACAUCCUAUCAACUGCCUUUUGGGUUACUGUCCAUGAAGAUAACUCAAACUUUGAGUCCCUGACUAGUGGGACAACACAAGACAUGGAGGACUUUGUAGUGUCAUUUUUAGAACUCAGCUUUCCCAAGAGCCCUAGAAGAGACAGGAAGGAAGAAGCUCAUGGAGGAACGUAUGGCCAGGCCCAGGUCUGCCUCAGACCUUCUCUUCUGGUUCACAUCCAGGCUGUAAUCCAAGCACCAGACUUUCUCCCUGGCUCUCUGCACAUCCUCAGUGGACCUGUCUUUCAGAGGUGCUGCAUCUCACCUUUCACGAUGCCAGCAUUUCACGAGACUUUGUAUAUCCUUGGAUUUAAUAAAAAUCUGAAGGACAGCUGUCUUCAAUCACUAUUGGAUCAUCUGAAGGGCAUUCUAGACAACCUUCUGACCCAGACAUGGCUGGAGGGCUCUGAGCUGAGCAGUUCAGUGGAAUUUGUCUUUCAGCCAACUGGGGAAAGAUAUAUGAUUACUGUGAAGUCUCAAAAUUUUGGCCCAGAUUGUGUUAAGGACCUGAUUAUUGGGUCUGUUACCACAUCUGCUACAAGCGUGAUACACAAAGACCAGUGUUUUGUGUGUGUGUCUAUGAACUUGGACCUCUUAUCUAUGCUUGUCUGGGGUAUCUCCGAUUGGAGGAUGCUGUGGACCUCUGAUAGUCGUUUCCUGAAGAAUUUUGCCCCUGGAAAAAUAGAACCCUUUAAAAGCUAUUCCCUGUAUCCUCCAUACUAUGUGCAUGAUAUUAGUUUUUGGUUAGAUGAAAAGAAAAGAUUUGAUGAAGUUGAGUUUCACACUCUGGCUCGAGCAGUGUCCCAGGACACCAUUAUAUCCAUACAAUUCCUUAGUCGUUUUCAGCAUCCAAAGACUGAACAGGUCAGCCUCUGCUAUAGACUGACCUACCAGGCCUGUGACAAGGCCCUGACCCAGCAACAGGUAGCAUCAAUGCAGUCCCAGCUUAGGAAGGAGAUUCAACAACGACUCCAUGUGACACCUCGGUAG